UAUAAGACGCAUAAACCACACAAAUUAAUAAAAUUAUUUAUUUCUUUUCAAUUUCUCACUAAAAUUUAUAUAAUUAUAUGCUAUAUAUAAGCAUAAUAGUUAUGUUGGGAAUGGUGUGUGUGGAUAAAGGUAGAGUUUUGGAGAUGGGUCGGGGUCGGGAGAGUUUUGGGCAUACAGCGGCUGCGGAGGGGCGGUGUCCGCCGCCGCCGACGGCGGCGAAGGUGGCGGUGGUGGGGAAGAUGAAAGGGAGGAGCUGUGAAGUGCGUGCUCACAGUCAGAUUCUGAGGAUAAGAGAUGAAGAUUCGCAUCUGGGAGAGGAUGUGGCGUAUUUCAUGCUCUUUUCUCGGCCAAUAUUACCGGCUUCGCCACUUGGCGGUUUAAGCAGAGUGGAAUGAGAAGUUCGGAAGCCAAACUUUUUUUAAGUUUGGGGCGACUCUGGAAUCAAAGUCCAACUUCUAAAUCGUCCACUGUGUGGAGUGUUGGAAGCGAUGAUAUGUAUGUUUGUACAGAGGAAAUAAAUAUUAGUUUACUAGAGAGAAUACAGUAGAAUGAAAAACCUUGAUGAUGUACGAUGAAGCUCCUUCCAUUUUGUAGAAUUUUAUAUCCAAUCCAAAUUCAGAACAAAAAAAAAAAAAAAA